CUACUAAAACAGAAGAAGAAGUUGCAUCUCUUGUACCAGAUGAUAGGGUUGACCCAAAUCAAUAUCGUGGUUUGGUUCAUCAUUGGUUUUCUGAUGAAGGACAAAAAAUAAGUAAAAUUAAUAGGCAAAAUCGUGCUAAGUUUGAAGAUGUUCAUUGUAUGGGUUCAAAAAGUCUCCCAAAGUUUAUUGAUGAGAAGAUAAAAAAAGGCAAAGGAGUGUUGCCUGGACGUAAAAAGAUUUACAUUGAUACACGCACUCGUAAAGAUGGAACAAUUGUCAAUGAAAAUGUUGCAAGAUUGAUUGAAGAACUAAAAAAAACAGUAAUGAGGCUGAAACUUCUCAAUCAACCCAAGACACACAAGGUUCUAUGUCUUGGAAGGAUGACAUAUUUUAUCAAGUACAAGGACCUGAUAAAAACGGACGUGUGCGAUGUAUGGGCAAGAUUCCUCAUUCUAAAAAAUCGAAGGUUUGUGCAUCUGAAAAUGAAGAGUUGCGCGAAAGAGUUAAGAAUAUGGAAAACUUGUUAGCAAAUGUGAUGACUUUAAUUCAAAAUCGAUUUUCUGGAGCAGAUGUUAAUGAUAUAAUACAAGCUGCAAGACAGGUUCCUGAUGCUACUAGUGCUCAAAACCAUUUGAAUUCACUUAGUCCAAACAACAACGAAAAUAAUGAAAAUGGUGAAGAUUAAAAGCUAAUUUGUUGUUGAAGAUGGAAUAUUGGCAAUUUAGUGGACUCAAUUUCUUAAUAUUUUUUGAGAUUGUUAUGUAUGACACAAGAUGUCUAUUUUAAAUGUCUAUUUUUUGAGGUUUAGGAUUUUGUUU